CGCAGCACCUGCCUGGCAUAAGGUAUAUUUUAAGGUCAUAUCCGGCGGAAAGUAAACAAAGAAGAAACCAUUUCAUUAAAAAAUAAAAAUAGAUUAAAUCAUGGAUCGUUCAGUACAGAGUUGUCAACAGAUUUAAAAAAUUGUGUAAGAAGCAAAACAUGGCAGCUGUGAUUGAAGAUUUAGAAGAAGCAGAUUUGACUCCUGCUGAAAUUGCUAUGGUAACAGCCAAUGAAAGAGCAGGGCUCAUUAGUCAGUUAGCUUGCCAUUUUUGUGGCAUGCAGUUUGACGUGAAAAAAACCAGAUCACUGAGGGCACACAUAGAAGAAGUUCAUGUGCUGGGUGACUCAGGCUAUAUGUGUGGAGUUUGUUGUGAGGAAUUCACCUCUCGUAAAGCAGUGGAGACUCACAUGAGUACUUUCCAUAGAGCCCCAAAACCUCUGGGCUGUGGGACGUGUGGGGAAACUUUUCGUGUGAGAAACCAGCUACUUAAACAUAUAGACUCCCACACACAAGAUGAAAUCAACAACAAUAAAGUAGGCUUGUGCUACUGCGGCGAGUGUUUUGAAUUCUUUGAGAGUGUUACCUCCCUGCAGAUUCAUACAAUGACCCACAGAGAACAAGCUGUUUUUGUAUGUGGAGCUUGCGGCCUUCAGACCCAUCAUAGACAUGUCAUGGUUAAACAUUUGGAAAGUCAUGUGAUUUCUAAUUUACUAGCUGCUAGUAAAGCCACAGAGCCGGUUAUUGAAAAGCAACCACCUGUUCAAAUCGACGCAUCUUGUAUUCAGGAAAAUGUUGAAAUACCCAAAACAACCCCAGAAGACCUAGCUCAGGUCAAAGGUGAGGCUGGUGGAGAGGAAGAAGAGACAAGCUACAAGUGUGGAGCUUGUCAGGCAGCAUUUGCUAAUUUAACCGAAGCUUUGGGCCAUGCUGAAAGUCACCAGGAUGAAGUGGAAGAAACCCCCUUAGUGUUGUCUGGAGGAAUGGAAUUUGGAGUUCUCCUCCAUGACAGCACCUUGCAGCAGGCGCCUGUGAUAACACAAAAUAUUGAACAAACUCGUCUGCUGUCACCUGAGACAUUGGAUGAGUGAACAGCACUUUCUAUACUAGUAUAGA